AUGAGCGCCUUCCGUUACGCGCCCGUGACGAGCAGCGACGACGCGCUCGCGCGGGAGCUCGAGGGCCUGGGCGGCGGCGACGCCACGGUGGGGGCGCUGCAGUGCGUCGUCAGAGUGUGCCCGCUCGCGAACGACGAGUCGCAGAGAAUCGUCCAUGCCAGGGACGACUCCGUCGCCGUGACAGACCCCACAACCAGCGACGAUGCGAGUGUCGACGCCAGGGCGCGGCGAUACCGCGUGCACCGGGCCCACGGGCCCGGGGCCUCGCAGGGCGACGUGCACGGCCCGCUGCUCCAGGACGUGCUGCGGUGGCUGGACGCGGGCUUCCACGCGGCGGUGAUCGCGUACGGCCAGGAGGGCACAGGGAAGACGUACACGCUCUUCGGGCCCGGAGGCACCCACUCGUACGAGCAGAUAGGCCUCGUUCCGGUGCUGGCGAGGGCGCUUCUGGACAAGUGCGAGGGCAGGCGGUCGUUGGAACUGGGCAUGUCUGUGUGGGAGCUGCGGGGACAGACGACGGUGGACCUGCUGCGCACGGGGAAGCCAGAUGACGGGCGCGUGCAGGUGCAGAACCUGCCGGGGGCGUGGCUCGAGUUCACCACGGGCGCGGUGGCCACGUCGGACGACGUGCACGCCCUGAUGUCCCUCGCGCAGCGGCGCUCGGCGAACUGGGGGCUGCCGGCGGAGGCGAAGCAGGCCCAGCCCCUCGUCGCGCUGCCGAAUCGCGCGCACUUUUUCGUCCGCUUCGUCGUGUACGACAGGGCGCAAGAGCGGCUCGCGAGCGUGACGGUCGCGGACCUGGUCGGGCAGUCGUCGUCCGAGGAGCUCUCCCGCAACGUUACCGCGGGCAUGCUGACCCAGGCCAGCGUGGAGCGGCGGGAGGAGAGCAUGAACAUAGUGUCCCUCAACCGCCUGGUCGCCGAACUGUCCCGGCGGAACGCGCCGGCCGCAAAGGCGACUCCGCAGGUCGUACCAGCCGUGCAGGACUGCCAGCUGACAAGGGUGCUUUUCCCGUUCCUGGCGGGGAACUGCCGGUGCUUCAUGGUCGGGACGGUGGCGGACAGCAAGGCGCACUACCUGGACACCAUCAACACCAUGCGCAUUCUCACGCGCGCGCAAGGGAUCAGGACGGCGUGCACGAAGAGCUGCGACGUCCGCGGCGAGGACGUGCGCUUCGUGAGUGUCGCCAAGCUGCUGUCGACGGAAGCGGCGCGGGACAUCGGGCAGCCGCGCGCAGCACGUGAAGCGACGCAGGGCGGGUCCCUGCCAGACGCGCCGUGGCUGGGGGGCGGCACGAGUGCGGCGGGGGGCGGGCGACAGGACGCGCACCAGACUCUGGUCAAGAACAAGAGCCUGCAAGUGAGGGCGUCCGGGGGCGGCGGGAGCAGCUGUCACAGCUACAGGGACACAGAGGGAGCGGCGCAGACGCAACCGGCGCGCGCAACCGAGGCACCCGAGCAGUCCGACGGGGGAGACGUGCCAGGUGUCGACAGGCAGCCCACGCUGCAGGAAGCCGCGCUGAUGUCGUGGGAGGAGCUCGUCGCGGCCUCCGCCAACAGCAACUCGAGCGGAGCCAGGCAGGGAGGCGAGCGCACGGCGCCAAAGUCGCAGGGCAUCGCGACGAUCCCGAGUCUCGCGCAGUGGAAGGGCGACAGCGAGGCCGGGCAGGGCGCGCCAGCGGACGUGCAGCCGGGCGCCCCCGUCCCUGACACUUCUGGCAGUGUCAGGGGCUCGGAGGCGGAGGGGGGCCUCGCGACCGAACAGCCGCCGCCGGCCGUGGAGCACGAGCCGCGUUCGCCCGACGUGAGCCGGAUCGGGGCGGGGCAGGCGCAAGACGAGACGGCGCUGUCGCCUGACUCGCAGAAGCUGGUCCAGGACCUGCACGCGCUGGAGCCGGAGGACGACGGCGCGGGGGACGCGGGCGACACGCAGGGCCAGGGCGCUCGCGGCGUCGAGCGUCCACUGCGGCCCGAGGACGUGUCCGGCGGCGACCAGAACGAGGUGCUGCUGGCGAUGCUCAAGGCGGAGCGCCGGAAGCGGGAGCUGGCCGAGGAGAGGUGCAAGGCGAUCGAGUUGGAUCGGCUGGAGCAAGCGACGGUGUACGAGCUGCGGCUGGAGGACGCGCGGAAGGAAGCCACGCGCGUGAAUUCGCGGUGUCGCGCGCUGCAGGCGGAGGUGGGGAUGGCCGAGGUGUUCGACCGCUACGAAUCGGACAUCGCAGGCCUGCAGAGGGAGGUCGAGAGCCUCCGCAAGGGGCACUCGCAAGCGUUGCAGAAGGCGGCCGUGCUGGAGGCGGAGCUGCAGGCCGAGCGCAGUGCUGCCAGCGCGGCAGGUCGCAACACGGUGCAACAGAGCCAGGCUUCCAAGAACAAGAACGAGUGGCUGACGAAGCGGCUGAGCAGCAUCGAGGCCCGCAACGAGGAGCUGCACCUCGAGAUCGCACACUUGAAGCAAGAGGAGCGCGUGUGGAUGGCUGGGAAGCGCGUCAACGAGCGCCUGCGCGACAAAGUGAAGGACCUGCAGCAGAAGCUGCUGCACAAGGAGCAGGAGAUGGUCGACAGAUCCCUUGAGUCGCGUGCCGCCGUCGCGGAGAGCCAGCGCCUCGCGGACCUGGUCCGGAAGCAGGAGGCAGAGCUGGACGACCUCUUCAGCACCAACAAGGACCUGGAACUGUCCCUGCGGACACUGCGGCAGCAGGUGGUCGACAUGCGCGUGGCAGAGCGCACCACGCUGCUGAGUCGCGGGGCGCGGCCCAUCAACCGGGACGCGGGCGAGUGGCCUGGGCCUGGUAUGAACCGAGUGAUGGAUCUCGUCAAGGUGGUCAGGUCACAGGUCGGCAGGUACUCGCGGGCGGAGGAGACGCUAGACCGCUUGGUGACGGAGUUGAAUGGCCUCAAGAGGGAGGCGUCGGCCCUCCUGGAGCGGGAGAAGCUGCUCAUGGAGGACGCGGUGGCGGUGCAGGCGUCGAGGAGGCCGGGCGCUGUGAGGGCGUGA